UGUGAUGUGUGUGUGUGUGUGGUGUGUGUUGGUUUUGGUCAGUAACUAGAUGCUCAAGUUCAAGUUACAAGUUUGCGUAAUUUAGGGUUAUUGUUGAUGGACCACUCCAAAUGGAAUAAAAAACUUGUCUGGUGCUGUGGUGACACAAUAUUUACAACAGCUAUUUUAUUCAAUACUUAGAUAGUAACUUCCCUUUCAGAUUUAUAACAGAGUAACUUCCAUUGAUAAAACAAUAAACUAGGAACUCUAUUCCUAUUUCAUUAACGUGCUAUUUUGCUAGGCAUCGCAAAGAUGAUACGAAGCCCCACCGAAGGCGUAUCAUGUAUGACAUAUCAUCAGCUUGCCUGCGCCGCGCCGGUACCUAUUGGUUUCAUUUUCCUUGAUAAUUCAUAAAAGUAUCUAGUCUCGUUACUGAAACAUUAUUUUAGUUUUUAUUGGAGUUUGCUUUUCAUUCUUUUUCGCGGGUUGUUCCAGAAAAUCAAUACGAUGCAUACAGUUUUAUUAUUAGUCAUUUUAUCAUCGUUUACGGUUGGCGAUAUUGGUGCGAAAUUGAAGAAAACUUAUCCACCCCAUUGUACUCAAGUAACAAAAGAUACAGAUUAUGCUUCACGUUUCAAGUUGGACUAUCCAGUCGCCUACAUCCAUCCGGGCGUACGAGAGACUUAUCAGCCAUUGUACUGCUUACACCCUCCAGCGGUGAAUAAGGCAGUAACUGUCGUGUGCGAUUGGGCAGCGCCUCCUCAAGUUCAAUUCACCCUGGGAGAUGACUACAUGCACGUAGUGCGCCAGGAUCCGACUGGGCGCUACCAAGGCAACGCCGUUAUCACCACAUACCAACUAUGCAGUCACAACAUGUCCCAUGUGGAGAAUUUUGAAGAUAAACCUACUAUUAUACCUCAUGAAGCAUAACGUCAGCCUUAAAUAUUUUUUGUGUAUUAAUUUAGGGUCAUGGCAAACACGAGGCUUUUGACAUCAGCGAUCGGCGAUUUUGCGACGAUGCAUCGCAUUUUGACCGACGACUUUCUGCGUUCGAUCGCUAUAUAGAAUUCGCGUAUUUAAAGCGACUUUUUAACCGACUUCCAAAAAAGGAGGAGGUUCUCAAUUCGUCGGAAUCUUGCUCGCGAUCAGUGUAAUAGCUUAGUAAACAGUAGGGUUUUAAAUGGGCAUAGCAUAUUUA